CACCUCUUUCCCCUCAUUCAAACACACUAUAUUGUCCGUAGUUGAGCAUCGAUGACGACAGCUAAUAAGCAUGCGAAAGCACGGCGAUGGAUGUGACAAUCUGCCUUGUCGCCAUUGGCCAGGAAGGCGCGUCGUGGUGUUUACCGUCACACAAGCAAGGGGUUGCCCGGCUCUCCACAAACUGUGCCCGCAUAGUUGAAAGGCAGUAGUUCAAAAGCGUAGCAUCUCUCUACUCUAUUUCUUUAUUCGCGUCUAGUCAGCCUCCAGUAGACAUUGGACGCUCCAACUGAUUACCAAAACAUCACAAUGAGCCACCCCACGCACCCAGCGACGGUCCAUUUUCCGAUCACAACGACGCUGCUAACAGGAGCACUCGAUGCUGUGUACUUCUUGUCUACAUAUGCCCCGACUUCAUCAGUCGUAGCUUCCACCUUCAAAACGCUAGAAAUCGCUAUCCAACCUAGCAUGCUGCCCGUGCUGUCCUACUACACCACUAUCCUUACGCUCCUCUUCUCCGCCCCGGCGGUAGCUACCGGUGCCUAUGAGCUUAUGCCUGUCAUAAAGCGCGACGGCUUUUCUUCGAAAAAGGCACAGAUUGGCAUACUACAUGCUAUCGUCAAUGACAUCACUGUGUUUGGCGCCUUAUACAACUGGUGGAGUCGCAGGUCUACAGCCGCGUUUAUACCAAGCAAUGAGAACGUGCUGGUGAGCACUCUUAUGGCGGUGCCCGCGACGUUCUUUGCUGCAUACCUUGGUGGGUCGCUGGUAUACCAGUAUGGUAUGGGAUUCCGGGGAAGCAGCGCAAAGGCAAAGAAGACGCAGUAAGAGAAGCACGAGGAUGGGGACCUGGUGUGACCUCUCUGUUUGCAAAGGAGCUCAUCGAGUGCGGGAGAGUGUGCUUUGAGCGCUGCGGGU